ACUGCUCUUUCUUUUGUGUCAUCAUGAACGUGGCAUCUUUAUUGCUCUGUAUAUUGCUGAAAGUCCUGGCUGUCCACUGUCAGGGCUUUGCACAGGAACGCAUAGUGGGAGGCUAUGCGCCGGUUCCUCAUUCCAUCAGGUACAUUGUAUCAUUACAGACGACGAACCGCCAGCACUUCUGCGGGGGCUUCCUGAUUAACAGAUUCUGGGUAGUCACAGCAGCACACUGUAACAUUGGGGUAAGCAAAAUGGUGGUAGUAGCAGGAGACUACUCUUUGUCCAUUUAUGAAGGCACAGAGCAGGAAGUGUUUCCCGACUUUUUGGUGACCCACCCUGAGUACAAUAGGACGACAAACAACAGUGACAUCAUGCUCAUUAAGCUAAGGGCACCCAUCAACCUGAACAACUACGUGUCCAUUGUUCUGCUGCCCAGGCAAGAUGCCUCCAUAGCGGAGGGCGAAAUGUGUCGAGUGUCGGGUUGGGGAUACACCAGCCCCACUGGGGGCCAGCUUCCAGCCACCCUUCGGACUGUCACACUUCCUAUUGUGUCUACAGAGAAAUGUAACAGCACUGAGUCGUUUAAUGGCCGCAUCACUGACAGAAUGCUUUGUGCCGGCUACAACAUUGGUGGUAAAGACGCCUGUCAGGGAGACUCAGGUGGCCCACUUGUCUGUAACGGGCGGGCCUAUGGAGUGGUGUCGUGGGGAAAAGGAUGUGCUGACGCUGAAUUUCCUGGAGUCUACACUGCCGUGUCCAAGUUCCGCCGCUGGAUAGACAACACCAUAUUUAGCUACUACAGCAGAUGUAAGAAGAAUUAGAGCUCAGUGUUAACUCAUUGGAGACAUAAAUUCACUGCUGCCUUCUUUGAUCUAAUUUUACAUGCACUAUAUCAGGUGAACACUGGGGGAUAUGUUCAGAGAUGGUUCCAUAUUCUAGGAAACGGUCAUGCUGGCCUUCGGGCUGAGAGCUAGUUUUCUUACACUAGACAGCCAUAAUAUUAUGAAAAAUGCAAGGUAAAAAAAAGUAAUCAUUUUAAUAAUGUUGGAACAAGAACAUUGAGAUUCAUUGAAACUUGCCAGCCCCAAUACAAAAGAAACUGGUUACACAAAACUUCUUGAGCUUCCUAAAAGCUACAAUUUAAGGUACCCAAAACACAUAAAAUGCUAAUCCUAAGUAAGUGCACUACUACACUAUACUAGUAGCAGUACUAGUAGUUCAAGUAUCUCAGUAUUAGAACCAUGGUUUUAGAAAUUCAACCUCAUAAUCUACAGAAUUUCUACUUGUUUAUCUUAAAUCAACACUAAGUAGGACCUGACUGAUUGUUAUGGCUGAUUAAUGUUAAAUAUAAACUCACCAGCCACUUUAUUCAGUACACUUGCUCAAUUGCCUAGGGAAUUAUCCAAUCAGAUGAAAGCAUCUCAAUGCAACAAGGUGCCUGGACGUGCUGAAGAUGACUUGCAGAAUUUUAAAGUGAGCAUCAGCAUAAGGAAGAAAGAGCAUAAAUGAGUAAUUUAGAACCUGGUCAUCUCCUUGGAUUUUUGCACAAAAAACAUGUCACCAUUUACACAGAAUAGUCAGAGAAUAUCUGAUAUCUGGAUUGUAAAUGCCAUGUUGAUGUCAAAGGAGAAUGAUAGAUUGGUUCGAGAUAAUAGAAUGGCAACUUUUGGUUUAAUUACGCUUUGUUAGCACCAAAGGAUUCAGAACUCUAUUUCUGAAUACACAACACAUGAAAACUUAGAAGAGAUCGGAUUCAGGAAACCAAAACCUCAGUGUCACCUUUGUUAGCAAGGAACAGGAAACUGUUGCUGUAAUUUGCAUAGGAAAAUGUCAGAUUGGAAAAUGUUGCCUAGUCUGUUGACACUGAAGUUUAGUAGCAACUUUUGAGACGGUCGGGUCAGAGUUCUGUUGCAUCCAUACCAAGAAGAGUAAAAGUGGUUAUGAUGGCAAAAGAGAAAGUUGUACCGUGUAAAGCAACAGCCAGUAAAUCUAAAGAUCUACCAAGUUCACAAGGCAAUGUUUGGGAAACCUCCAAGGACAUUUAGUUAAUUUUCAAUUCCCACCCUAAUUUAGCAUUCAAGGAACAAUCCUUGUUGUUUCAUAACCCAGAACAAAAACAUUAACCCCUAGAGGAUGUUCCCUGAAGUUUUCUGUAGGUUUUGCUUUGUGUAACCUUAGAAGAACCUUUAGAGAGCUUAGCUUUUAAUAGGGGAGUGUUUCCUGGUUACCUAGUAGUGUAAAAGGUAUUGUCAGCAAAAUACUUGACAAUACGCUCAAACAUGAAGCAUAAAUCUCAGAAGUUACUGUCUAAGCUUAGAUAUACUAAACUAAACUAAGAUAAACUAAUCUAAUCUAAUCUCAACCGAGCUAAGCUAAGCUAACUAAACAGACAAGUAACAAUUUUCAAGUUUUCCAUAUGUUGGACCAGUUUCUUUGACUUUAUAGCCAGUCAAGUUCUCUGUUAAUAAGAUCAGCACAAACAUCUUCAACCUCUAAACAUGUGAUAGCCACAAUUUCACAUCAGGUAAAAGGUGCCAUACUAUCAUUCACCAGCUUUAUGUGGACUGUUUGAAAGGCUAAAGACAAAGGUACAUUUACACGCGUCAAAUAAAUGCACUUAUAAAGAAGAGAAUGAAAUUAUGAACAUCCAUCUCUCUGAAGAUGAAUAUGAAUAUGAAAUGGAAUGGAUAUCUCUAAAGAUGGAUAUGCUAAAGUUGCUAAUCGAUUCAUUAACAUUAUUUUUAUGAGCAACAAAGCGAUAUUUGUCUGAUUCAUGGCGGAAUAAUAAGCCCUCUGUUAAAUUUUUAAGAGAUCUUGAUAACUUGACAAACGAUUGUUAUGAAUAAUUUCCUGCAAGCAUUGAGUUUGUUACUGUUUCCCAACUCAUCUUUAAGGGGUGUGCAGUUUGCGUGUGCAAUUUCCAACGGGUUUUUAUUUUUUUUUUACAUAUCCCUGGACAGUGACCUCAAAGUUUAGAAAAGGGUUGGUUUGUAUUACAUUUUACUACAAAUAUACAUUACAAAUGGAUAUAUGAAUUGUAAAAAUAAUUAACACUACUAUUUGUAGUGUAUGGUGUCUGUUUUUAAUGUGCAUGUACAACCAUGGUAAAAAGGAAAUACAUCCUCAAGUUCUAGGGUUUUGUCUAUACCUGACACAAAAAAAAUCUGACAAUUUAAACCGGUAGAUUAUUUUGUUGUUGUAACAAUGCCUAUUGGCAUUAUACAGUCUGCGUUUCAACAGUUAUACCUCUCCAUAUGCAUAUGGGUAGGUUUAAUUGAGUUUACAAAUAAUCUUUGGUAAAAUCCCUAGAACAGACAAAGAGUGUAUUUUUCCUUUUAUCCUCACUAUGUGUUGGAAAAACAAACUUUUUUGACAAGCCUGAACUGUUACCUGGAGUACUUGGUGAUUUAUUUAUGGAGUAGCAGCUGAGAUAUCCUAUAAAUAUGUAGAAGGCACCAUGGAGACAGAGUAGUGAACAAAUUCAGGGAACUUUAGUAAAAAAAAAUGUUUCAUAUAUAUGAACACAUAGAAUAACUGUAUUGUUUUCUUGUUUUAUACACGUAAAUAAAUUACUCAUUCUGCUUUA